AUGCUAACCGCCAAUGAAAUUGUGUCUAAAUAUGGCGAGGAAGGUAGAAAUUUGAUGCGUAAUUUCCAAAAAGUGGCAAUCAAACUUGCAAAAUCGAGCAACCGCUACAAGUUUCUGUUAAAUUGUAGAAAAUGUAAAGUUGUACCCAAUUGUCUCAACUACAAAGUGCAAUUAGACCUCAAUAACGAAAACUCGCAACGUGAAUUGGAAAAAGUGGUACGUAAACACAAAAUACGAAUCUUAAGUGUUAUGGUAGCAGAUGCAAAACGAACGAUAGCCAUGUUGAAAAAACAAAAAUCAGCGCUCAUUUCGGUAAUGGAAAGAACUUACGAACAAGGAGACGUGAGACGAGUGAGGGAAGUUGUCGAACGCAAGGCUGUAAUAGUGUACAAUACAGUGAAACGCACCGAACAACGGAAAAUGGAGGCGCUGAAAACCCGACGUGCCGCGGAGCUCACACACGAAGUUGGGUGGAUUGAAAAUACCACCAACACUCCAAUACCUGAGUUUCUGGAGAGAACACUCUUACUUGGACCGAAUUUCAACAUCCAACACAGCACCAACGUACCGUACAUUGAUGUGGUCUCGGAAAUUGAGAAAACUGUUAAACAUAAAGAAAAUGCGAAUGAAAUUAGAACGGAAGUAACAACAGCAAUUACCAACCACAUUAACUACAUGUUACAACCAAGACACCAUGAUCACGAAUGGAUAGCGAAAGAUAUGGCAAAGAGCAAGAAGUUUUUGAAGGAAAACCCAAAUCUCAUUAUAACGAAAGCGGAUAAAGGCAAUAAAACGGUGAUCAUUACCGCGGAAGAGUACCACGAUAAAAUGUUGGAACUCCUAAGCGAUAACAUAACUUAUCGAAAAUUAAAAACAGACCCGUCGGCUAAAAUCCACAAAUCUGUAAAUGUAUUUCUUGACCAAUGGCUGGAUAGAAAAUAUAUUGAUUCCCGAACCUACAAGAGCGUCAAAAUGAUGAGCUACAACAUACCGCGCAUCUACGGGUUACCAAAAAUCCAUAAACAAAAUCGUCCGCUCAGACCAGUUGUGGCUACCAUCGGGUCCGUGACAUAUAACAUAGCGAAAUACCUUGCGAGCGUGAUAGGGAAAAUCGUGGGUCAUAACGAUUUCCACGUCCACAAUAGCUUCCAGUUCGCAGAGCAAGUCACAGGAGUGCAGAUCGCAGAGGAGGACGUUCUCUUCUCCUUAGACGUAACAUCACUGUUCACAAGCAUACCAAUCGAUCACGCUAUGGAGUGUUUGAUUGAACGAUGGCCAGAAAUUACGAAACACACUGCCAUCGACAAAGAAAGUUUUCUCGCUAUCGUUAAAUUGGUUUUAGAGUCAACCUUCUUUUCGUACAAAGGGGAAAUUUUCCAACAGACCUUUGGGACCCCUAUGGGGUCACCUUUAUCCCCGGCAAUUGCAGACCUUGUAAUGGAGCGGUUAGAACAAAAUCGCAUAGAAACACUGAAAUCGCAACAAAUACACUUGAAAUACUACCGCCGUUACGUAGAUGAUUGCUUUUGCAUUGCUAACACUAACCACGUUGCUGAGAUCUUACGCACUUUCAAUGAAUAUAAUGACAAACUACGCUUUACUAUUGAAAACGAGCUGGAAAACAAACUAAAGUUCCUAGACAUUAUGAUCAUAAGAACAAACAAUCAUUUAGAAAUGUCUUGGAUGCCGAAAUAUGUCGACGGGAGAUACUUAGACUUCUCGUCCGAAUCACCCUUUUCACAUAAAGCAAACACGGCGAUCGCACUAAUAGAUCGUGCGAUUAAACUGUCCGACGGGAACAACCGUCCUCAGGCAAUACGCACAGCGAAAAGUAUGUUGGAAUCGAAUAAUUAUCCAGGAUGGUUCAUCAACCGGCUUACUAAGCAACGAACCCACAAACAUUAUAACAGCCUGAGCACUGUCGAAAAGCAUCAGAUCAAAUAUGCAUCCAGCACUUACAUACCGGGACUCAGUGAAAAACUUGGCAAAAUAUUACGCAAGCAUGACAUCCAGCUUGCCUACAAACCUAAAAACAAAGUUAAACAGAACGUGUAUAGUAAGCUGAAGGAUCCUAUCGCACCAGGGAAGCAGACAAACGUCAUAUACUCCAUCCCGUGUGGUACCGACGACGGCAAAGUAUACAUCGGGCAGACAGGGAGGAAGUUGGAGGUGAGGAUAGCGGAACACAAGAACGACACUAAGAAGAAGGAUGCUAUAACUGGACUAGCACAACACACUAUCCAUGAUGGCCACCUCUUCAAAUUUGACGACACCCGAAUAGUUGCAAGAAUCGACGACCAGGAGACCAGACUCACAGCAGAGGUAUUUCACAUUAAAGUGCUCGGUGAAGAUAGAACGGUCAACCUGCAGCGACCGACACAGCAGCGCAAAAAGCAUCGGAGACCCGCAGCCCGGCAUCUGAGCCGAGGUGGCAAGCGUCAGAAGCAGCAGCAACAGAAAUACCAACAGCAGCGCAGUUGUGAUUUUCUCUACCAGCUUAUGUGCUUCUUCAUACUUUUCAUCUUGCCGUCGCAGUUGGGAUUCAUUAACCAUUUGAGCUCCGACAGCAGCAGCGGUUUACGUCUGUUUGCUUCCGCAGGAUCGAUUGUCGGAGUUCCGAUGGUUCGGAGCAAUACUUGA